AUGUCGCAAGGUGUUUGUGUACUAAUGUUUACACUCUACAACCCAGAGGAAUACAUUCUGAGACAGGAGCCCUUGUGUCGGUUCGAGCUCAUCUUCUCCCUGGCUCAUAUGUGUGUCUACUUCAUUUUUCAACUGAUUCUGCCACUUCUAUUAAUGAUUCCUAUGUACGCUAGAAUCUCGAAUAUUGCCAAAACACAGGCAAAGGCUAUAGCAAUUCUGAAACGACUUCCAUGGCAUAAAGACAGGGCAUGUUGUUUCCACAUCAACAAUCAUGAAUUGAAGUCAACAUUUAUGGUCUCCAUUCUAUUAGUGUCCUACACAGUUGCCUGGGUGCCUUUUAUGACAUACUCCUUUUACCGAAUACAGUGUGUUCAGGAUUGCUACUUCAGUCCUUUUAUACGGGCAAGCUGCCGAAUUUUGUUGUAUCUCAACUCAGCUAUAAAUAUAUUCAUCUAUGCACUCCGUUUAAAGGAAUUUAGAAAAAGCAUCAAACAUAAGUUGACACAUUUUCUCAAAGCGGUUUUGUGUCGUGAAAAAAGUGGGAGGGAUCAUUAAAUAUUCACGAAUCGACUGCUUUGUAAAACGUAUGAGAAGUAUUCUAUACAAAAACCUACGAGAGAAAAAAUGUGAACACACAUGGCACUACAAACUUUAGGGGGACAAUUUAAAC